AUGGGUCGAUUGAUUGUUCACCACUCUGCCGACAGCGUGCUACCGCUGUUCUCUCUCGAUGUGGAACUUGCACAAGGUGGAUCUGGACCUCUAGACAAUGUCGCGGCGGGCGCCGCCUACGCACUUACUGUCAACAUCGAUGGCAGCGACUACCAGGUUCUCUUCGACACCGGUAGCUCGGAUCUGUUUCUGGCCAAGCAUAAUUUCGUGUGCGAAGAUGCGGACGGCGCACCAGUUGCUGGCCCGGAAGCAUUUUCUCAAGGGACCAUCGAAGACCAGCUCUUUAACAUAAGCUACGGCGACGGGUCAUUCGCUACUGGCGACUUCGGCUAUGGUACCGUCUCAUAUGGCGGAAUCACCGUAUCCAGACAGCAAUACGCACUGGUCAACACGGCAUAUUGGCCGCACGGCAACAACUUCACCUCUGGGAUUAUCGGCUUCGCAUUUCCGAACAACACAGCAGCUUACUAUACAAAUCCGACCAGGAACGACCACGGCAACGUGCCGUACAAUCCUUGGUUGUUCUCAGCCAUCGACGACGGCGAUAUCGUUCCGGCACAAUUCACCGUCGGUCUUUACAGACGUGGCAAAAAUGACACCAAUGGAUCUCCGGGUGGCUUCUUAGCGCUUGGAGGCGCACCUCAGCCGGCCAGUCUUCCAUACACUGGCGUGUGGGCCUCAAGUCCCAUCGUUCCGAAUACCAAUGCAGACCUCGGAAGACUCGGUGAUUACCUAUAUUACAGCUUCCAUCCCGAUGGUUUCACGGUGAACGGCGAAUACAUCGAGUGGAAACCGCCGACACAGAAGAAUAUCGGUCCGGUACCUUCUGUGGUCGACUCUGGGACUCCCGUGUCCCAGCUGCCUCUGGAUGUCAUCGAAGCGAUAAUUCGAACAUUCGACCCAGUCCCGUUUCCCAACCCAUUCGCCAACUUCUGGUACUUUCCGCCUUGCAACGCCACGCCACCCGAGAUCUCGUUCCGCAUCGGCGGGAAAGACUUCGCCAUCAAUCCUCGCGACGUCCUGCUCGACGAUGCUUUGGGAGAGAAUCCCGAUGAUGGAUCGUGUUUACUUGGCUUCCAGCCCCUUUUUACCUCGCCGGAUGACCCCCAUCCUCCAACACCCAUCUUCGGCGCCAAUUUCAUAAGGAACGCUGUGGUGGUGCACGACUUGGAAAACUUGCAACUCAUCUUUGGAGGUGUCGACUGGAAUUAA